AUGCCGAGACGGCAUCAUACGGAGAGUCGGACAACCAGCAAGGUCCUCAUCAGUGGCCCUUUUGGACCCCGUGGGCUUAUCACCAGAGCCAAGGUGGCCACCAUCCACCGCCGCACUCCGUCCCCUCCGAACAUCGGGCACCAGAGUCCACGGACUGGAGCACUGGACAGGAACGUGUACAUCCUCUUCCUGCAUCUUCUGUUGGCUCAGUGGAAGCUGAGGGACAGUGACCUACAAGCAAGGAUCCUUCUGUCUCCAGAGGCCAGACAAUGUGUGUUUUGGUUGGAAGACUGUGUGCCUGAAGAGAGGGAUGUUAUUGCAGGACCUUAUUUCUUUCUGGUUGUAGAUGAAGGUAUUUAUAAAGCUGGUGAAAAACGGUCUGAAAUGUGGGGGGCAGCGGAAAUCCAGGAAGAUGAAGACACGCAGGUAGAGGUUCCAGUAGAUCAGAGGCCAGCAGAAACAGUAGAUGAGGAAGAAAAUGAAGAAGAGGGAGAUGAGGGAAACAUGAAUGGAGAUCAGGGAGAGGAAAUGAGGGAGGCCGCUAAUGGAAAUGUUCUCCAUAAUGAGAUAGAAGAAAAUGAAGAGAAAAUAAAUGAGCAUUAUGAAGAAGAGCAAGAAGAAGAGAAUCUUGGACAGCUGGAGGAAGAGGGGCCUUUCCGCUUAAAUGGUGAAACUAAUGAAGAAAAUGGUGAGGAAAUGGAGCAGUUUAAUGACCGCAAUGAUCUUCAUCCUGAAAAAAAAACAAAAGCACCAGAGGACUUUGACAAUCAAAGCCAGAUUGACUCUCAUCUGGAAAAAGCAUCAAAUCCAAGAGUAACUAUCACCAGCCCACAAGAAAGUGAAAAAAAUGACCAAACCAAUGAGUAUGCUGCUGUAGCAUAGACUUUUUAAAAACUAGAUUAGCAGAAAAUGAAGGAUUGUAAUAUUUGACAUUUAAAGCAUAUUGUUAUCUAUGAUUGAUAAUUUAUAAUGUGAAGAUACAGUUGAGUACCACCUAUUGAGUCUUGAAAUGAUAAUGCCAUAUGGAUUGACAGAGAUAAUGAACAUCCUAUUAAACGGAAGAUGGAAUUAUUUUACAAUAUGUGACUUACUGAUGAGAUUUUAGGGGGGUAAUGUAAGGGUUUUUGUUUAGAAAUACUAUAAAUAAGUGAGCUAUUUCUUCUUUGGUAUCAGAUGAUAGUUCUAGAAUUAACCCCGUGUGUUAGUCUUCCAAUGUGCUCCAAAAAAAAAAAUUGUUAGACAUCAGAGUUUUUUAGCAAUUUUGUUUAGAAAACAAUAUUUUUGUGACUUCUCAUGGAAAAAUGUAUAAUGUUUUUCUUAGAAUAAUAAACAGCUAGAAAUAUGAGGUAUACUUAAUUUCCAGGUUUAUAAUUUAGAGGAAUGGGCCAGAUUCUCCUCUUGGUGGAGUUCACCCACAUAAAAUUGGAGUCGAGAACCUAUUCUGAUUAGAUGUUUAAAACUGGAUAGUGGCUUUCCAGUAAAGCAGCAGCAUUAGUGGUGGUUCUGUUAAUAAAAAGCACAUAUAUAGUACCAUGAAUAGAGCGGGGCAGAUAGCGAGAUUUCAGUGCUGCAACCUGAUCCAUGACUCAGAUCCCUGCUGCUGCAGAAAGACCCACUGACUUCAGUAGAACUCUGCACAGAUGUAGGAAAUCUGCAUGCACAUAGAGCUGUUUACAGGAUUUGGGCUAUAGAGUAGAAUUGGGCAACAUUCAGACACAAUUUAAUUGCCAAAAAAUGCAGUUUUGCUUGACCACAAACUAGUCCAGAAUCUGGCCUGAAUUUGCAGAAUUGUUUCAGCCAAUUUUUUUUUUGGCUGACUUAGGACCAUUCACAAAAUGGCUGGAGGAGGUGAUGUUGACUAGAGCACUUACCUGUGACAUGGGAGGCCUUUCUUCAAUUCCUGCCUCUGCCUGUUGUGGAGCAGGGAUUUGAAAUCAGUCUCCCACAUCUUAGGAAGGUGCCUGAGCCACUGGGCUGAAAGUUAUAAGAGAACAAACACCACCACCUCCUCCUCUAGCUCUUCU